GUUUGAUCAGACUAUCACAACCUACCACCGCUUACAUUUAAACCCCCCGGCAAUGGACAUCAUCAAAGACGGGUGGUUCACCGAAACAUGCACUUUAUGGCCUGGUCAAGCGAUGAGUCUUCAAGUGGAGGAAGAGUUGUAUCAUAAAAAAUCUAAAUUCCAGGAUGUAAUGGUCUUUAAAAGUAAAACAUAUGGAAAUGUGUUGGUUUUGGAUGGAGUCAUCCAAUGCACAGAACGAGAUGAAUUUUCUUAUCAAGAAAUGAUAGCCAAUCUACCUCUCUGCUGCCAUCCUUGCCCAAAGAAGGUUCUCAUCAUUGGUGGAGGAGACGGUGGUGUCCUGAGGGAGGUUGUCAAGCAUCCACUGGUGGAGUCUGUUGUUCAGUGUGAAAUUGAUGAGGAUGUAAUAAAUGUCUCCAAGAAAUACCUCCCUGGAAUGGCAAAAGGCUUCUUCAGCCCCAAACUUACUCUGCAUGUAGGUGAUGGCUUUGAAUUUAUGAAAAGGAAUCAGGAUGCUUUUGACGUCAUUAUCACAGACUCCUCAGACCCUGUUGGUCCGGCUGAAAGCUUGUUCAAAGAGUCUUACUAUCAACUCAUGAAAACGGCACUUUGUGAGGGAGGAAUUCUCUGUUGUCAAGGAGAGUGUCAGUGGUUGCAUUUGGAUCUAAUCAAGGAAAUGCGAACCUUCUGUAAGACCCUCUUUCCUGUAGUAGACUAUGCAUACUGCACCAUUCCAACAUAUCCAAGUGGACAAAUUGGCUUCAUGCUUUGCAGUAAAAAUCCGAAAACAAAUUUCCGUGAGCCAAUUCGAGAACUACAAAGAGAUGAGAUCGAGAGCAUGAACCUCAAAUAUUAUAAUCCUGAAAUCCACCGCGCUGCAUUCAUCCUCCCAGAAUUUGCCAGAAAGGUACUAAGUGAAGCGUAAAUGGCUUCAUGGGUGCCACCUUGUCAACACACUGCCUUCUGUGAAAGCAGAACAAAACCCUCACCACAGCUGCAGUAGCUCCCACACCUCAUCCCUCUCCGGCUUUCGAUUGGUCAAUAGACUGCUACUGGACGAGUGCAAAUGCCUUUUGUAGGCAAAUUCUGUUCAUCUGUCCAGUUCCAUCAGUGCAUCUGUCUUACGAGUUGUUUUUGCGUUUCCUUCUACAAUUCCACUUCCCACAUUAAGCUUUCAGAACUGUACAAUUAGACAAUCAUGCAUGUUGUGUGACCGAUUCCACAGUCUUUCUUUAACUUGUGUUGAGUAUGAAAAAAGAAUGCAAUGCUACAACUGUCUUGUUUGGCGUUGCUUAAUUAAAUAAGCAUGCAGGUGCUUUAAAUAAACUGCAUAUCUUCUCUAUAAACCCUUUUCGAAGACUUCAGGUCAAUAACAAUUUUAGACUUUGUUAACAUGCUGUAUUAAGGUUUUAUAUUAUGGGUCAGUUUAUCAACAGUACACUGUCAAACAUAAGAAUCUGUUCAGCAUUUCUAUAAUUUAGUCUAUACAGAAGAUGCUUACAGUAACUAGCAAAACUGAAAGCUAUUUUCUGCAGUUAAUAUGUAACAUGGUUUGUGUUUUCCUUCUUAGUCUUUGAAGGUGGCAUAUGGGCUCUGUGGGUGAUGUGUGCUUUGGCUCUCAUGAACAAGUCUCAUUACAUGAUGAAUUUUUUUUUUUUUUUUUGUAGCUCUAAUAGUCUUUUGGAUGCAGCCUUUCUGAGUGAUAUUCUAAAAUGUAUUGCAAAUGCAUGAUCAUGAUGGACUCUGUAUGAUGGAACGAUUUUGAUGUCUUUUAUUUCAUU